AUGUCUCAGGGAAAGCGACUCCUUUCGAGAAAAGUUGUUGCUUCUGACAUAAGUAAUAAUGAUAAGAGCCAUUCUCACCUCACUAGUUGCCCAGUGGGCGAUUUCGAAUUUCAAUUAGAGCAGACCUAUCGCGGCAAAGCGCGACACUUCAGCACUUCCAAGAUGGCGCAGAUCGCUCCAUCAUCUGAGCAACCGACAAGUGGUAAAAAGAGAUGGAAGCGACUAUACAGAGAGCUUCGAAAGGUGAAAUCAGCCAAAGAUUUGGUAAUUUUCCUAAGGCACGCGUUCGGAUGUGUUCAGUGUUCAUUAGUUGCAGCUGUUUUGCUGGCCGUACUCAACAUUAUCCCAACUGCUAUGAUAGUAAUCGGAGCAUUGAAUUUAAAGGAGUGCCGAGUAAACCCGAACAUACCAGUUUGGUUGAUCGUCGACGGUACUGUGGCACUGGCUAGCAUUCCAAUUAGCCUCAUUUUUAGCUUGUUCUCGGGCAAACGGCCAUGGCUCUUCAUAGCAAUUUUUGGCACGUUACUCAGUGUAUUUUUCGUGGUAUGGUUCAUUGUGGGCUCUGUAUGGGUAUACUCGAAGUUCAGCUUUGUCAGCUACGACGAUCCAGAUGUGGAAGACUAUUGUGACAAAACAACUUACUUGUUUGCAUUCAUCUACUUGACAGUCAUCUAUUCGCUUAUAGGACUCAAAAAACAAAUGUCGGAUCUCAACCGCUCAGCGUCAUCUAGAUGCUCCUGA